UAGGAUUGAUACCUAAUACUAGUUAUACUAUUGGAGUGAGAGCAUAUACUAGUAUUGGACCAGGAGAAUGGACUGAUAAAAUUGUAUCAACUAAUCUAACAUUAUUUACUUUCAUAGCAAAAAUUAAUAAUUUCACUGUCAUGCAUCUCAACUCAACUACUGUACAAAUGAAUUGGCUACUUAUUCCAGGGGCCAGUUACUACACUAUCUAUUACAGCAGUGGGUGUGAUGUUGACUCAAUGAGUGUUAGCAAUGAAACAAAUGAAGUUAUUAUACCAGAGUUAUACUCAUGCCUCAGUUAUUCAUUUGAGAUCUCAAUGACUAUAGAAAUAAAUGAAAUUUAUUAUGAAGGACCUAGAACUGCACCAACAGUUAUAGAGCUACCGACAGUGGAAGUGGAAUUGUCUUCCUAUUCUUACACAGAAGCAAUAAGUACUUCAUCUCCUACCUCUGCUUCAAGUGAUGAAUGCACGAACACAUCAACUUUAUACAUAUUCCUACCAAUACUGGGUAUCUCUUUAUUUAUUAACAUGAUAUUGGUAUGUGUGGUAAUUGUGAUGUGCUGUAAGAAGAAGAUAGUUUAUAGUGUCAAAUCCAUCAAAUUAAAGAAUAAUGUAGAACAUGACUAUGCUGUCCUAGAUCCCCCAGUAGUUCAAAAUCCACAAGAUGCUAUAUAUGAAUCACCUUUGGACUUGGCAUCACUUGAACCUCCACAGAAUGACUACACUGUAGAAGCAGAGCAAGAAAAUUAAUAAAAACAAUUAUUUAAAUUAGCCUCAUUUCAUAUACAAUUUACAAGUAUUUUAGAUCUAGUAUCGAUUAGGAUUGUAUGCAUGAACUUAACAUUUGGUGUGUGUGUGUGUGUGAGUCAUACAUGUACAUGUACAUGUGGAUGUGUUAUUACAUUAUGGAGUGUAUAUACAUGUGUGUUCAUUUUUACAGUCUUUAUUUGCAUCAGAUCCUUUUUCACUGUAGUGCUUUCUUGGGAAAUACUUUUGUAUUAUGA